AUGGCUGUAAGCUCAACAGUUUUUUCGUGUCCGACAAUGCUGGGAAGACGCAGGUCGAUGGCGGCGGCAGAGAUGAGAACAUUACGGUGGGGAGCCAAGUGCCAGUUGUCAACUGCAAAACCCUCCAAAUAUUCAUCCAAAAUCUCUACUGAUGUUCAGUUGCAUGAGUCUCCUCAGGCGUUGUUCGAUGAGUAUUUGGAGGAUAAGUCUAGGGUUUUCAAAGCAAUGUUUCCCGAUAAACCCAAAAGCUAUAGGCUUAACGAGGAAGAAUGGAGAAUCUACAUGUCACCUAUAAAUUUCCUCUUCCUGACUGCAUGGCCGGUGGUGGACAUGCGGAUUAGAUGUAAAUCCAACGGUCAAGAUUACCCGCCGGAUGUACCUCGAGACAUAACAAAAGUCCUCGAGCUUAACAUGAUGAAAUGGGAGCUUCAAGGGGUUGGUCAGGUCAUGGAACAGUCUGAUUUCACUCUUGGAGUUCAAGGAGCAUUGUACCCUGACCGAGGCGGAAGCCACACAAGGCUCAAAGGUCAACUAGAGAUGAACGUAAGCUUCGUUCUUCCUUCAGUUCUUGCGUUUGUACCCGAAGAUGUUAAGAGAAGCGUGGCCAAUGCGAUUUUGAGUGGUUUGGUGGAUAGCAUGAAGCAUAAGGUUAUUGAGAGCUUGGUAGCUGAUUAUAACAUGUUCAAGAAUGAAAGAAAAGCACACAACACAACUAGUAGUUUUUAA